AUGAAUGGAAUUCCGGUUCAGCAGUUUGGUAUUCGCAAGGGAAGAUCGACAACUGAUUGCGUAUCUACGCUAUUUGCUGAUAUCCAUCAGGGAUUUAUAAGGGGAAAACAUACCUUCGUCCUAGCAAUUGAUCUUAAAGGGGCAUUCAGUAAUAUCUUGCCCAAGGCAAUAUAUGAUCGUCUGGUGGAGUUACGAACUCCGGACAAAAUACUAAAUUUCGUAUCUUUUUUAAUACAAUCCAAAAACCUAUUCUUUUCAUCUGACACUGGAAAUCCUAAAUCAUCCUACAUCGGAGUUCCACAGGGAGGUGUAUUAUCUCCCCUACUAUUUAAUAUAGCUAUCAGCAAGAUUCUACAAAUUAUUCCUCAUAACAUAAAAUGUUUGAUGUUUGCCGAUGAUCUGUUGCUGUAUAUAAGAUCUCAAAACGCUGCUGAUGCUAUCAAGGCAUUAAAAGAUACCUUAACUAAUCUCAAACCAUGGUUGGGUGAAGUAGGACUGUCUAUUUCUCCAGGUAAAUCCCAGUUGUCAGUGUUUUCAAGAAGUAAACAGAAAUUCGAUAUUCUUAGUUUAGAGCAUGAUGGAGUGAGAAUACCCAUGCAGGAGGAGCUCCUAUACUUGGGCAUUUUUCUCGAUAGAAGAUUAACUUGGGCUAAACACAUUAAUGAGGUGGCUCGUCGAGCAACUUUGGCGAUCAACAUCAUGAAAGCAAUGUCUAAAAUUACAUGGGGAGCCAGUCCCGAAUCCAUGCUGUUGGUUUACAAGGGUCUCGUUAGAGCUCAUCUUAAGUGGGGCUGCCAGCUCUUUUCUCUAGCUAGUAAUACUCAUCUCAAAAAAUUGAAUAGGGUUCAGAACGCUGCUAUGAGAACAAUUCUGGGGAGUAUGCGAUCAACCCCAAUCAAUAUUAUGCUAUCUGAAAUAGACGAACCUCCUUUAGUUUUUCGUAGAAUGAUGCUCAACCGAAAGCAUAUGAUCAAAAAUCUUUCUUGGACCCAAAACCCUCUUACACCUAAACUACAACUUUUGCACGAAACUAAUAUCUCACUGAAACAUAAACGGAAGAAUACAUUUUAUACAAAACUAUCCCUCUUAGAAUCAUAUUGCGAUUCAAUUCAAUUCUUAAACAAAAACAUGCGUACAAAAAAACUAUCAUAUUUUAACUUAACAUGGGCCGAGCUCUUAACACCUACCGAAAUUGAAAUAGACAUUGAAACGGGAUCAGAUAUUAAAAACAGUCAACAACCAAAUAGUAAAUUUAAUACCCUUGUGCAAUCAAAAUUCAUUGAAUAUGUAUUAAUUUAUACAGAUGGUUCAAUAGACUCGAAUAAAACCACGUCAGGAGCUAGUUUUGUUGUACCUAUUACCAACGUAAAUUUUGGAGUAAACCUGGGAGGCAUUGCCUCCAUUGAAUCUUGUGAAAUGUAUGCCAUUAACUCGGCUUUAUCAUAUGCUAUUUCCACAAACCUGGACAACAUAUUGAUACUCUCUGAUUCUAGAUCUACCCUUAAAAAACUCAAAGAACUUUUCUUCUUAAAAGAUAUACACCCUUUGUUAAUUAAAAUGAUCCAACAAAUCUCUAUCUUAGUGUCCAGAGGAUCAAAUAUAAAGUUCCUUUGGAUUCCCUCGCAUAUGGGCAUUACAGGAAAUGAGAGGGCGGAUAGAUGGGCGAAAAAAUCUUUAUCUCUCCCUUUUGGUCGCUCAAUAGCGUAUCCAGCAUCAGAAAUAAUCCCACUGGUUAGUCAGGAUUUUCAGGGUUGGAGAAAAACUCUCUGGCCGCACUAUGGUGAACAACAAUCAUACAACAAAUAUUUUUACAACAUAAACAACAAAACAAGGAGACCUUGGUUUCAAGGAAUAGAGGCUCCCAGAAAAUACAUGGUCUUAAUCAACAGAUUAAGAUCAAACCAUUUACGAAUCGGCUCACACUUCGAAAGGAUGGGCUGGACUCUUCCCCGGGGCUGUGUCUGUGGAGCUGAAAUUCAGAGCAUGAAUCAUUUGCUUAGUUUCUGCCCAAAUCUCUCUCCAGGGAGACCACACUUUUUCUCAUUUCUAUCUUCUAAACUGACGGACUUCGACCCUGACAGAUUCGAUCUGGAUGUUCUAAUAUAUAAUCCCGAUAAAGAAAUCGUUACUGAAAUUGGUAAAUUUUUCGAAAGUGGCAACAUCCAGAUCUAA